GGACAAGGAGGAGAGUUUAAAGAAUGGACAAAGAGAAGAAAGAGCGGGAAGAAUCCGAGUGCAGCCAGUCGAUGUGUUCGGAGGUUUUCGGGGUCCAGCGGAGGGUCGAACUCUGCUUCAACUAACAACCCAGCUCCACCUCCAUGGAGAGCAAAGAGACACGCUGAUACUAACGGCACUGAAUCAAAGGGAGAGAAACAUGUUGCUUUCCAGGAAAAUGGGAACGCAGAAAGCUCAUCAGUGGCCUCAGAGGUCGUUGAAGUUGUUUCCCAGUCCCACCGGUCUCUCACUAAGCACACCACAGAGUCUUCUGGAAUAAACAACUCUCUGCAGUCCAACGUGGAAACCAUGCCUGAACCAAAAGAAACUCCAGUUGUUGAUGAACCCCUGCCCCAUCUUCCAGUCACCGCCAUGUUAACCAAAGAGGGCCUGAAAGCCGCCCAGUCCCAUAAUGCAGAAGCUCCAUCAGCUGCGUCUGUAGCAAAGGAGCUGAGGUCUGCGAUGUCUCAGGAUCAGUCUGGAUCAGUUUCUCAGGGUUUGGUUCAUCAUGCUGUCACCGCCUCGACCAGAAUCAGCUCUGAGACUUCACUCAAAUCUGAUCUGAGUCCUGCUGCAAUCCCAGAAUCCCCCAGCAUGAACAGAGGCGGAUAUCCAUACACUCGAGACGUCGCGGAACCCAAACCACACCUUCGUCUUUCGGCCAUGAGCAAACCCAACACAGAGUCUUCUCCUGCUGUAUCAUCUUCAUCACCUGUUGAAACAUCUUCAUCACCUGCUUCUUCAUCACCUGCUGUAUCUUCUUCUUCACCUGCUGUAUCCUCUUCAUCACCUGCUGUAUCCGCUUCACCUGCUGUAUCCUCUUCAUCACCUGCUGUAUCCUCUUCCUCACCUGCUGUAUCUGCUUCACCUGCUGUAUCCUCUUCAUCACCUGCUGUAUCCUCUUCAUCACCUGCUGUAUCCUCUUCAAGUCUCCCAGCUUCUAAGGAGUCUAGUGUAAAGCCGGGGGAAUAUCCCUUUAAGAGAUUGCCAGUUCUCAAGACGCCCAGUCCCAGUCUGAAGAGGAGUGUGAGCUUCCCUCAGCCUGCAGAAAAAUUACUUCCCUCCAAAUCAAUCAUCAAACCUGGUUUCUCACCGAGUUUGGACAAGAAGGUGAAUAAGGCGCCGGGCGUUGAGUUUAAACAGGAUUUAAUGAAAUCUCAAACGCUGCCUCGCUCUAACAGCGCUCAGGCCAAGCGGGCGCUUUUUGAGAGAAUGAACUCCGAGCCAAUUAAACCGAAGGAUUCGAAGCCGAAGCUGAAGCGCUCUCAGAGUUUCGGACCUUCGAGCGCCAGCGGGAUAAAACAGAUGCUGCUUGAGUGGUGCCGCUCCAAAACCAUCGGAUAUCAGAACAUCGAUAUGCAGAACUUCUCGUCCAGCUGGAGCGAUGGGAUGGCGUUCUGCGCUCUCGUUCACUCCUUCUUCCCGCUGGACUUUGAUUACAACACGCUGGAACCAAAGAACCGCAAACAGAACCUGGAGCAGGCGUUCACCACCGCAGAGAAGCAGGCGGACUGUCUGCGUCUGAUCGAGGUCGACGACAUGCUGGUGAUGGGCGACAGGCCGGACGCGAUGUGUGUGUUCACCUACGUCCAGUCUCUGUACAACCACCUGAAGACGUUCGAGUAACUCUGUAUCAGAGGAGAUUAUACAUUAAAGGUCACCUAUUAUGCGAAAUCCACUUUUUCCACGUCUCUUCUACAUCAACAUGUGUCCCCUCUUCUUCAUGUCUCUUCUACAUCAACAUGUGUCCCCUCUUCUCCAUGUCUCUUCUACAUCAAC